ACUCCUCCUUGGAGAGGAUGGAUGAACAAAGAAGGGGCAGUCUGCCUCUGGUGUCAACAUACAAUGAUAGCAUGGAGUCUGUGUCCACCACCUCUAGAUUGGCUAACUUUUUCUCCAAGAAAGGAUUUAAAAGUAAUCUCAAGAGGACAAAAAGUGUCACAAAACUGGACAGGAAGAGAUCAAGCCCCAACCUAUCGGAACAUGACACCUCCUCCCUGAUGGGCUCACUGAAGCGAAGCAUGAGCCUAGGUCGCCUAAGCAAGAAAAAGAGUAAAAGUGACAGCAGCAAGACACGUGCAUUCGCCUCCGGAACCCCUUCCAGGCAGGGCACCCCGCAUGACUCCCCGGCAUUAAGAUGUCAACUCUUCAGUUGUGCGGCUUUCAAUUAUAGGCGAUU